GAAGAAUUGAGGGUCAUGUUGUCAAAAGCAGUUGACAAAGAAAUUAUGGAAACCAUAAUAGAAGGAUAUAAAGGGGUACGUACUAGAGGGAUAAACAAAGUAAAAAGAGAAAAACUAGAUAUACUUUCUAAAAUGAUCAAACUAGAAAGAGAAUAUAACUGUUUUAUGGCUAGAGAAAAUGUAGAUAAAAAGGAUUUAGAAGAAUGUGGAUUUGAUUGUGAUUUAGCUGCGAAAUUAAGAAACGACAUUUUAAAAGAUUCUUUAUGUCCUAAUUCACUACGAGAUUUUGCUAAAAUUAGACAAGAAAUAAAUCAAGUAUUAGAAGAAGAAUUAAAAUUGAGGGAGAGUGAAAGCGCAACCCCAGGUGGAGACAGAUAUGAUAAUAAAUGUGAUGAUACAUGUGAUGAUAAAUAUGAUGAUAAAUGUGAUGAUAAAAAAGAUAGCUAUGAUGUAACAUAUUAUAACACACAUGAUGACAAUUAUUUAUAUGAAAAAAAUAAUCAAGCAUAUGAUAUAAACAAAAUAAAUAAUUAUCUAUACAAUAAUUCACAUACUUAUAUGACAAAAGAAAAUGUUAUCAAACAAAAUAAAGAAAUUUCAAGAAAUCAACAUAUAUCUAAGGAUGCGCAAAUAAACAACAUAGGCGAAUAUCUUAUUAGUAAUACAAAUAAAGGGAAUGAAACAUUAAAUGAAACUAUAAAUAAGGAUAACAAAAAAGAAAAAAUUAUUAAAGAAAAUAAUAAUAAUAAUAAUAGUAAUAAUAAUAGUAAUAAUAAUAAGAAGAAGAAUAACUUAGAACAUGACCAUAAUAAAAAUAAACAUUACAAGAAAAAUUCAAAUAUGAUUAAUAUACAAAACAAUUAUAACAAUGUUAAAGAGGAGAACAAAAAUAUUUUAAAUACAAAUAAUAAUAUAAAAUAUAAUAAGGAAGAAAAUAAAAAUGGAGAAUUUACAAAUCUUUAUAAUAUUGUUAAAAAAGAAUUCGAAAUAAGUGAUAAUUAUAAUGAAGAAAAAUGUAUUCAAAAUAAUCACAAUAAAAAUAUUUAUUUAAAUAAUAAUUAUAUGAAAAUAUUAAAAAAUGAAGAAGCCAAUAAAUAUAUAUCUUCUUUAAAAAAAGAUGUUAAUUCAUUAAACGUUAUCAUAUUAAAUAAUAAUAAACAUUCAAAUGAAAAAAAUAGUAGAAAUAUUAAUGGAAAUGUUAAUGGAAAUGUUAAUGGAAAUAUUAAUGGAAAUGUUAAUCGAAAUAUUAAUGGAAAUGUUAAUCGAAAUAUGGAAAAUUAUGGAUAUGAAAAAACAAAAAAUUAUAAUAAAAAACAUGCAUAUAAUAUUAUUAAUGAAAAAAACAACCUGAACAAUUCAGGUAAUUCUGAACAGAAAAUUAUAUAUACAAAAAAUAAAAAUAUGAUUAAAAAUUCAAAGUAUGAUAAUAUUACCGAAAGAAUGAUUGAUAAGGAUGGUGAUGUUUAUAUGUUGUAUGGAAGAUUAAACAAUGAAAAUCCAGAUAACGGAAUAAUUUAUUCUGAAGUAAAAUUAGAGAAUAAAAAUACGCGUUAUGUUGAUAAAAAUAUAUAUAAUGUAAAAAAUGGGGAUAAAUUUUAUGAUAUAUAUAGGAGAAAUAAUGACAAUGAUAGUAGUAAAAACAAUAAUAAUAAUAAUAAUAAUAGAAAUGAAAAUGAGGAAAUAUAUCAUAAUAAUAAGAUUUAUAAUAUAUCGAAUGAUCACGUCAUUUAUGAUAACAAGCAAUUCUAUUAUACAAAAGACAAUUUGAAUUAUACAAAUAAAAAAACACCAUUAAUAAAUUCACAAAAUAAUAUUGUGAAUGUGCAUAAUAUGGGGAAAGAUUAUAAUAAUAACAAAAAGGAUUAUGUUAACAAACCUUUAUUAAAUAAAAUAUUUGAAAAGUUUUAUAUUCAUUAA